GAGUGAUUCCGUGUGGAUUAUAAACAUUUAUAACGAGGAGGACAGAUGACAAACUCACAGGAAACGACACGGCGCAACGCUGCUCCUCCACACACUGUCGCAGAUGCGGUAAAGAUAAGGAGGAGAAAGGCUCAGUGGCUGGUUUCUGGGAUGUUAAGUCUGUCUUUGCUAAUAGUUGUGAUGGGCAUCUACACCAGCACACGCACGGAAAGUGUCAGCAUCACAGGAUACAUUUCAGGCAUUAUUUUGGCGUUUGGAUCGUUCUUGGGAGUUCUUGGACUGAGCUUGGAGGAAAACCGCAAACAGCUGGUAGAUAUCACCACAUAA